UAUUAUGAGACUCAGACCUUACCACAUUACUGGUAAUGGGUUGCCCCAUUCGGAUAUUUCCGGAUCGCAGCCUAUUUUCCGGCUCCCCGAAACUUAUCGCAGGAUAUCACGUCCUUCAUCGCCUAUUAGUCCCAAGUUAUCCACCAUACACUCUUAG